GAGCGGAAGCACAGAAUGUACAAAUCGCAGCGAGAGUGCUGAUCAUAGCGGACAUUCACUGACGGAGCCUUCGUGAUCAAAGAUCCAGUGCAGUUCUCGAUGUCCCGAGCUUCACGAGAGGUCCUUCUUUCUAAGAACAUUGAGAAGGAGCACAACCGCCCUCAGAAUCUCUUUCUUCAGAUUGACUAAGGCAAGAAGUAGAAAAAACGCAUAGGAAAAGACAAAAAGGCUCCCCGAGCAUCUGAUUAAAGCCCUGUAGUCACUGGAUCGUUAUACAGGCCAGCCAACAAGAGACAGAGAUCGGGAAUGGGAGGGUCAAGCUCCAGCGAACAGGUGGCAGAGACUGAGACCCCCUCAUUCUUCACACAGGAAGAACUGAACAAACUGAAGUCUGAUUUUGAUACAGGUGGGGUGGAAAAAGUAAAACCACUGAUAGAGAAGAAAGUAACUGAUCUGGACAAGACAGAGCUUAACAUCGCAGUGACGGGAGAAUCAGGUACAGGAAAAUCAUGCUUCAUCAAUGCUAUGAGAGGACUUCGGAGCGAUGAUCCAGGAGCAGCUGAAGUUGGGACCACAGAAACAACAAAGGAACCAACUGGGUACCCACAUCCCACUCUGCCCCAUGUUCACUAUUGGGAUCUGCCAGGGACUGGAUCUCCAGAAUUUCGAGCAGCUAGGUAUCUCACAGAAAUGAAAUUCAAAAGAUAUGAUUUCUUUAUCAUAAUUUCUGCUUGUCGAUUCAAAGAAAAUGAUGUAAAACUUGCCAAAGAGAUUAAACGGCUGGGGAAAAAGUUCUAUUUUGUCCGCUCUAAGAUUGACUUUGAUCUUUACAACACGAGGAAUGAAAAGGGGGUUUUUAAUGAAAAAGAGGAGCUGGAAAAGAUUCGGAGUGAUUGCGUCAGGAAGUUGGCAGAGGCAGGGUUUCCAGAUUCACCUGUGUUCCUGAUAUCCAGUUUCGAGCCGAAACAUUUUGAUUUCAUUCAGUUAAAUGAAGGACUCGAAGGUGAUCUAAAUAAUGUAAAGAAAAGGAUCUUUGUCUUGGCCCUUCCAAAUCUAAGUGUGGAGAUAGUUCAGAAGAAAUCUAAGAUUCUGAGAAAACUUAUCUGGAUGUUUGCAACACUCUCUGGGGGCAUGGGAGCUGUCCCAAUUCCCGGUGUCUCUCUCGCUUGUGAUAUCAGUAUAUUGAUUGGAGCCAUUGUCUCCUUCCGGAAAUGCCUGGGUCUGGAUGAUGCUUCUCUUCAAAGACUGGCCAACAGAGCAGGAAAACCUGUGGAAGAGCUGAAGGCGACAGUAAAAGCUCCAUUGCUGGAGGAAAUAACCAUAGAUGCAAUUGUGAGGUUCGGUUGGGGUGCUGCAGUUGUUACCGUUUCAGCCCUGGAAUUCGCUCUCGACUUUGUCCCUGUCAUUGGCUCCAUUUUUGGAGCAGGCUCAUCAUUUCUCAUGACGUACAAGAUACUGAGUGCUGCACUGAAGGAUCUUACAGAGAAUGCAGAGAGAGUGGUGAAAGUUGCCUUUGAAACUGAUUAACUGCUCUGUACAAACAUCUACCAGGAGAGUUUAUAUCCUGCUGUGGUUCAUAAUUUGAUGUUAUCUAACACCAAAUACUUAUUUAAUUCUACCCAAUAACGCUCACUUCUACUGCAUUUUUUCCUGGAAAUAUUUUUUAUUAAUCACUGAAGGGGCUUUCGAGGGACUUUCUGAUCUGCAGCAUUUGGAAAACUGGGGCAAAAUUAACAGUGUUACUCAAUGAAUCUAUAUACUACUAAAACUCUCAUGCUCUGUUUGUGACCUCCAAUUAGUGCAAACGGUACAGACAGUGGCACUAUUUUUGGCUAAAUCGACUUAAAAUGUGCUAACUUACAGAAUGUAGGCAUAGUUCAGGGUUAUAUAUUUGUAUAAAAUUCCUCACUCGCCAAAAUCAACAGCCCCACUUUCACCCGAGAGCCGAUGUCAGCCACAAUGGAAACCACAACGCGACACCAGGACAUAUGCGCACGGCCAGCCUCAGAAGUGAUUCACGAUGCUCACAGCAGUGACACUAACCGGAGCAAAAGGGCAGGACAGCGCUAUUUCGACCAGUCAUGUUCUGCUAAUCGCCAUCAGCAUGUGCAGGAUUGGGAAAGAUCAAACUGAAACCCAUCAAUAAGAGAUAAUUAAAUCUUAUUGUAUUUUUUUUUCUUGCUGGCAGUUUGAUGUUUAUUUUUAGAAGCUUUUUGUAUGACGCAUGGCUCUGGGGUUGUACACCUAAUGGGUUCUCUUUUUUUUUCCCUCACUUU